AUGCAUGGUGCGGAGGAGAAAGCCCUUCACGUGGAAGAGAAGCAGGACGAGGAAGAGCAACUGAGUGAUCACUCUGAUGCUGGGACCAAUCCUGCCCUUAGCAAAGGUGUAAGCCCGGAGGGCACUCCAUGUGCCGUGUGCCGACGAGCUUUGCAGCCAGUUGAGCAGAGGCUUAGACACCUUCCUGAUCGCCCACUUUGCAAUGCGUGCUGUUUUCGCGAGAUGGAUCCUUUCAGGCCCGUGCAGGAGUUGGAGCACGUGAUGUACUUGUCAGUACUCCCUGGUCGACAUUUGACCUUCGAUUUGGAGGUGCCCGACCUCCGGCAGUGGCGCAAGGACGGCUUCGAGGUGGAGAUCCGGGGGCUCCGCAGGCGAUCCCUCGCCGAGUCACAGUCUCUGCAGCAGGUGUGGCCAAGCUUCCUGAGUAUCGAAGUGAAUGGCCACGAGGUGUUCACUACGAAAGUCCCAUUGCGCGGGCAUAAGCGUCGCGAUUUGCCGCAAAGUCUUUCGGCAAAUCUUCGCCGUGGGACGAACGCGGUGGAAGUGACAGCUGAAGAUGAGCGGAGGCGCGACUUCUUGUUGGCGGUGGUGAGGACGCUGCCAUUGAAGCCUCGGGAUCUGUCCCGCUCCAUUCCUGAAGAGACCUAUCAGGAUUGCAUGCAGCGGAUACAAGCUCUUCUGCGGGAGUCUUUGGCACAAGGGCGGGCCCACCACGGUCUCGACGGCGUCGAACGGGUCGGCGAUGAACGGUUGAAGCUGCAAUGCCCUAUUAUGCUGACACGGCCAAGCACACUUCCGGUGCGAGGUACCGAGUGCCGCCAUUUUCAGUGCAUCGACUUGGAUGCAUACCUCAUCUCCAAUUUUCGCACGAAAGCUUUUAACAGCCGCUGGCGCUGCCCUUUGUGCAGCUUUGAAAUUCGGCCUAAAGACCUGAGAAUUGAUACCUUCGUGCAGAUGUUGCUGAAGGAGACUGAAGCUGAUGUUGAAGAGGUACUUCUCUUUCCCGAUGGAAGUUGGCAAAAAGGAGAACCAGUUCCGCAGACCCGUACUCCGUCAACUUCGCCAUCUCCUCCACGGCCAGCCCGCAACUGCGCCGUCCCCGCUGCCAAGGCUCCAUCGAGGCGAAGGACGAAUGGUGCCGUUGCCAAAGCACAAGGCGCCCCUCGACGUCGAGACAAAAAGCGUCGGAAAGCUCCAGUCCAAGGAGAGACCGGGACGAAGCGCCGCCGGGUCGAGGGCGUGGCACGCAACAGAGUUCAUGCGACGAACUCGCGUGCGAGAGCACAGGACUGCGUUGGGUUGACCAUGCACCCACUUUAUGUGCAGACCUAUUAUGUGCAGAACCCAAUCGUGUAA